AUGUUCCAGAGGCGAGUCAUCAAGGGCUUGAUGAUCAACCAGUUCAGUGGUUUCCUUCGACCCAACCAGAUGCAGGUUCUGAAGGAGUCGCUGCGAAACCUCAUCACCGGGCAGAGCGAGGUCUGCGUGGAUAUGAUCGCGGAGGCCGUCUAUGGCGUGAGCAAGGGCAUUUCAGCUUCAGAGUGGCAAACACAGGCUCUCUUCAUUUGGUACGACUACUUUUCGUGCCCGCAAGCCGCGCAUAUGAGCACCGAUGGACUCCAGAAAGCCAUCGACAGCAUUCCAGCCUAUGUCUCCAGGUGCGACUUCUUUAUGGCUUUAUGCCCGGUGCUUUCGAACCCGCACUUCACUGAGACCUUCAGUGAGUACACCUGGGCACAGCGUGGCUGGUGUCGCGUGGAACGCGUGGUGCACGAGCUGACCUUCAAUCACGGAUCCUGGAUCAUGGUCAAGAGCGGCAUGCACCAGGAGCUCAGGGUCUCUCCCCUGACGAACUGCUCUCCCGGCGAGGGCAUGUUUACCGUGGAAUCCGACCGGGAGCGGAUCGCCGUGGUGUUGGAGAGGUUUUGGAAGAGGAAGCUCCUCUCGUGCCUGGAAAGUAUGGAUUUGUCCAACUACCGGUUCUUGCUGAAUCAGCAGUCCUCCUUGCUUCGGGGCUUGCCGGUGAAACCCUUGGAGGAUAUGGUGCCCGGCUUCGAAGGAGAUGAUGUUCUGGAACGAUUCUUGUAUCAAAAUGGCUUCCGGAAUCAUGUGGAGUACGACCGUGAUGGAUGGUCGCCCAUGUGCUACGCUUGCAUGAAUGGCAAUCCUUCCUUGAUCGCUGCACUGCUCAAGCGAGGGGUGAGCCCCAACGCAAAGACCCGCAAGGGAAGACCGGAGAUCAACGUGGACAAAGGCUCGGCUUUGCUCACGAUCUGCGCCAGGUUUCGGAAUCACGAUGCCAUGCGGCUCCUGAUCGAUGCCAAAGCCAUGGUGAACCCCCAAGCGGUGCACACGCCGUUGGGCGUUGCCUGCCUGGAGAACGACGUUCAGGGCAUUCGCAUCCUGUGUGAGGCGGGUGCUGAUCCUCACUUGAAGAACUUAUUCGGGGACCACGCCUUGCACAUGGCGGCGGCCGGUGGCUCGGUCGACGCCGUGGAGGUGUUGUUAGAGGUGUCCCAGCGACCCUUCGAGAUGAGCCACGUGUUACACAAUGCAGCCAUGUUGAAAGGCACAGCUCCCGUCGUGGAGAGGCUGAUUGAAGCUGGUGCCGAUGUGGAUGAACCCUACCCUAUGUCUUGUAUCGCAAGGCUGGUGAUGAGCUUCAAAGGUAUGCAGUUCCGCUAUCUGAAGCGGAACACCGUGAUGGCCCGCCUGGGAUAUCACUGUCGGGGCUCCACGCCCUUGAUGUUGGCCAUGUUGUGUGGGAAUUAUGAGGUGGCUUCUUCGCUCCUCGUGGAGGGCGCCCUCACCGACCGAACCAACGCGCGAGGGAAGACAGCUUUGGACUUGGCGGAAGAGUUGAAGGUGCCGGACUAUUUGUUGGAGGCCUUGGACGGCAACAUCCAGAAGUGUACCUCCAUUGUCGCGGGCAGCGUGGGCAGUGUGGGCAGUGCGAACAGCAGCCCGUCGAUGACGAUGAUGCGUUCCAUGUCUAGACAAUCAUCUUCAGGAUCUGUCUUCCAAAUCUGA